AACAAAAUCACAUGGAUUCUAUGGAAACGGUGUGUCGAGCGAUCGACGCAUUCUACAGCGGAGGACCCGACGUACAGCCCGCCCAACUUUUUUUGCAGGAUUUUCAGGAAUCGUCGCCACGGAGCAUCCGCUCAUGAUGCUCAAUCAGAAGCCACAUCUACACAGUUAUGCCUUGCCAUAGCCGACUUGUACAUUCAGGUGCCGACGUGGAAUAAUUGGAUUUUUGAGCUGUUGAAUCAAUGCCAAGCCCUCGAAGGCGACCGUACCGUAAUGACACUGACUCUGCUUCAAGUAUUUCCUGAAGAAGUCGAACAAAUCCGUGGAGUUGGCGAGAAUCGGCGGCACGCGAUACGAAAUGAGCUCGCCGCUUGUGAGCAACCGAUGAUCACUUUCUUGUCGCAUGUGCUCGAAAAGUUUCAUUCGAAUGCGGAUGUUCUCAAGAGAGUCUUCAAAUGCUUAGAAUCGAACCUACAAAACCAUCAAAUGCGUACAGAUCACUUUGCCGCGUCACCACUAAUUUCCAUGAUUUUCCACGUGAUCGCCUCGAUCGACCCGAUAAUUCCGUCAUGUCUCCAUGAAACUGCGACAAAUUGCAUUGUACAGGCACUUUAUCGUGUUGAAGACCUAGAAAUGCACAGAAAACUCGCAGAAGUUGUGCAUCGCGGAGUCAUUUCACUGGUUUCGGCUUUUGAGAAAGCUCAGCAAGUGGAGGAUUUUGAUCGGCUUCAGAAUAUUGCUCGUAUAUUUGUUGAGAUGGUCGAAUCCUUCUAUGUGCAAAUCGUCAACGAAGCGAAUCCGGAUCCGGCGGCAAUCGGGAGCCUGGCAUGCUUUGAGCUUCUGCUCCUAGUCGCUAAGCACCAUGAUUGGGCUCUCAUCGAGAUGUCAUUCAAUGUGUGGUACCGUAUCACCGAAGAGCUCUUCAAAUAUGACGAUGAUCAAUAUAUUGGCCGCUUCCGUCCGUACGCUGAGAAAUUCAUUCAAUGCCUCUACGAACACUGUAAACUUGACGCCGAUGACGUCGAUGAUCUACUCGAUGAAACUUCAGAAUUUGGAGAAUUCCGCCUGAAAGCCGUCGAAGCUCUACGUGAUGUUGUAUUCAUUGUGAACUCGGAUAAAUGUAUUCAAAUGAUGCAUCAGAAGCUUAUCGAGUGCUGUCAUAAGCCCAACGCCUCGUGGGAAGAGUCGGAAUCGGCGCUUUUUGUGAUGUCUGCAGUGGUUCAGAACCUACUGCCGGAAUCCGACACAAAUAUGCCCGAAGUGCUCCAGCUCAUUUGCUCAUUGCCUGUCCAAUCACCGCCUGCACUGAUUGCCACUUCAUUGUCUCUAAUUUCGGAUUUGAAUGAUUGGUUCGAGCAGCACAGCAAUUUAUUGGAGCCCGUCGUCCGAUGGACACUUCAGUUUGCGACGGAUACUCGAUACGCGAGCCACGUGGCUCUCUGCUUUGAUCGAAUCACCUCAAAAUGCGCUGUCCAAAUGACUCCACUUCUCCCACAACUGCUCACACUCAUCGGAGUACUGGAACAGACGACAACGAACGGAGCAAAAGUCGAAGAGGCGAUUUGCUCACUGACACGGGCCAUUUCAAUGAUCGCCUCGAAACUGCCGGCCCAUGAGGCCAAAAUUGCGAUGGAGCAGCUUUGCGAGCCAAUCGUUCGAAAUUUGCUUCGGGCAACCGACGCCACUGACGCCACUUUUGCCGCGUCUUCUACCAAUAAUAACACUGCCGGAGCCGGAGCCGCUGGAGCCAAUAAGGAGAACGAAGGAGCACCACCACGUGGCAGUAAGGCCAAUGAAGCUUGGGCUUCCCUGGCCACACGGCCUAUGCUUUGGAUUGAUCGAUGUGCUUGUGUGUUUAAAGAUGUCUGGACAUCGGGCUCUAAGCAGCCGCCAGCCGAGAUUCCAUGGUUCACAGUAAUUCAACAAUGCAUAGACGCUCUACUGAAAUCGACGCGAAAAUUCGAAGGAACUCCACGGCUCAUUGAGCACUCGAUACGCUCGUGUCGACUGAUAUUCCGGGCUCUCGGAGCACAAAGUAUGCCGUUUGUGGAGCCCGUUGUUACUAUGAUGAUCGAAACGUACCCGAAGCACCGUCACAGCUCGUACCUCUACUUGGCGUCGGUUAUAGUCGACGAGUACGGACAGCUCGACAAAAUGCGCCCCGGGCUCCUUCAGAUGCUUGAUACCCUCGCACGUCACACAUUUCCCCUACUCGUCGGCCAGGGAGCCAUCAACCAUCCGGAUACUGUAGACGACCUAUUCCGGUUGGCUCAACGCUUCACAAUGCGUGCCACGUCGAUAUUCUUCACGGAUCCUGUUUCGGAGCUUCUGUUCAUCUGUGCCGUGUUGAACAUUCGAUUGGACCAUCCUGAUGCGAAUCGCAGCGUUAAUAAGUUCAUUAUGGAGGUGCUCGAGCAGUUGGCCACUGCGAAAAAGGCUUCCUACACUGACGCUGGCGUCACCGCAGCCCAAACUCUUGUCAAUCGGAACGCGCAAAGCAUCGUCACCAACGCACUCUCCAUGUGCCUUUUCAGUCAUUCCGGACAAAUUCGACGAGAAAUGGCCGAUGUUGUGCUGCAAGUUGGGCGAAAUGACCCAUCGAAAUACAAGCAAAUCCUGACUCAAGCUGUCGCCGCACUUCCAAAUGAUCCCGUUAAAGCGACACCGCAACAAUUGACAGAAUUCGUGGAGGCCGUGUGCAAAGAACGAGAACGCCACGCCGUCUUCAACCAUACUCGUGAUCUCGCCAAGCUGUUCAUCUAAAUUUUUUCCGGUUUUUUGAAAAAAAUAUUUUUUAGUUUCAAACAUUUAGGAAUUUUGUUUGGCUCCCGUCUCAGUUCUCCAUUCAUUUUCUAGGGUUUCAUCGAUUUUUACCUCGUUUCUUUUAUUUUUUUUUCGUUUUUCAAUUUUUUCCCCCACAUUUUCCCUCGGCUAUCUGUAAUAUUCAAUUUUUUUUUCGAGUUUUUUUUGUUGGAUUUUUCUCUCUUUCUCUAGACCCCGUUCUUACCAAAACUAUUUAAUAUCAGAUUGAUUUGAUGACGACGACGAGAAGUUAGAUAUUAUGUGAAAGAAUCGCACAAUUAAAACUUAUGAAUAAAUCAUGUUUUUGAAUCG